AUGGUGGCGGAAGAUAUGGCUGAUUCAGAUGCCUACGUUUGGGUAGGUAGACGAGUGUCUGAUCUGCACAGUAACUGGCGCUUUCUCUCAGUUGUCAUCCAAAAGGUUGAGUUAACCCUAGUGUAACAGGAAGGCACACUCAAACCCACUGCUGCACCUUUUCGACAGGAGUUUUUUUCACUUCUGGCCGGAUUUGUGGGGGGUUUUCUGAAUGCAAAAAUCGAGUAACAGUUCUCUUAAACAAAGAAUAAUUUUACAAAGUUGUCACAUUACUGGGUAUUUUACUUCGAAUAGAAGUUGCAUUUACAGAAAAGGACGACGCUAUUUAUCGGUACGUGCCAGAAGAAUAGUCAAAAAGACGUUACAGUGACUGUCAUGUUGAGGGGGGGGGGGUGGACAGGAUAUCUUAAAGUAGUCAGCAGAUUAAAGGUACGAUUAUAUCAAACCUUAAAUAGCAAAAAUAAUCCCUUCUGUAAUCUACAAACCAUAAAGGGUCAAGGCCUGUAAGCCGGUAACGUUCUUUGUAAGACAAAUGUCGGUGUUCCGGGGUAAAAACUAUCUUGGUAAAAAAGCGUCGAACGGAUUCUAUUCUCUUUCGCUCAGCAGCUCGUAUGAGGCUUAAUAAAAACGAACAGUAUUCCAGGCCAGGUCUAACGUACAUGUUAUAAAGGCGCAUUCUAAUAUUGCCGGAUUCAGAGUUUCGGAGGAUAAACCCGGCCGUUCUACGUUCUUUGGAGACUAUAAAGGCAUAGUGAUCCGAAAAAUUAAGACUCUUGGAGUGUGAUACGCCCAAAGCCUUAAUAACCCCAGACACAUUUAUGUCGUGACCGUCAAUACUUGGUUUAGGUCUGCACCACCAAUGACUGAGCACUAAUGUCAAGAAAGCGAAAGGCGCCAUGUGCGACAGCACUGGGUAAAGGCCCGUAGGUCGAUCUUUAAGAGAUCGAGCACGAUAUCACGAUCUGCCGGCUUAUAUCCAUAUGCAACUUUCAGAUCAUCGGUAGACAUGAAAGGUUUACCAUUCUUAAAUAAAUCGGGAGCAUCGUUAACAAAAAGUGGACAACUACUACUACUGUUAUUAUUAUUAUUAUUAUUCGAACAACCCUGUCCACUUAGUUGGGUGUUUGAACUGAAAUGGUUUCACUUUUUGUUUAAUGAAUGUUAAAUGACACAUAUGUCUUUUAAAAUGGAAACAUGGCUUGGACUCUGUCCCUUUUUUGUUGCUAUAGGCUCUUCCGUCGAGGCCUGUCUCACGUGCCACUUAGCGGCCUGCAACCUUACGCCACCCCUGUUGCGUCGAGGAUCUCGUAAGAACCCUAUUGUCAGGACAAUCCUGCCGGAACGAUUAUGAUCGUGGAUUUCAUUACUCUUAUCUACUUCCGAUGCAUUAAUUUGUAUAUAAUUAUCAAAUUAUCAGCAUCUGUCAUGUGAAUACAUUUCUCCGAAUUUGCGUCUACUGGGCGAUUUAUUGCGUGGACACUUGCAUUACAAUUUCGCACAAGACUAGCACCAGUCUAGCACAGAAUCUUUCACCCCCCAUUUUUGUAGGAAAUGGUAUCGAAGAGACAACGGAUGCUACACUGAUGGCAAAGGUUUCCUCGAGCUCCAUUCUCCGGUCCCCUAUCACUCCUACCUCACAUUCCCGCAUCCCCUCCAACCUAGCAGCAUUUGAUGAAAAAGAAGAUUUCGCGGCUUUGUCUAGUUGAUCAGAGUUCUAAGCUCGUGUGGUGCUCGGUAAUGACCAGAGCAAGGCCAUCUUACAAUGUCUGACAUCUACAAAACUUAAUAAGGUAUUGGAUAAUGAUAUGUUCACAGGCACACCCAUUUGGGGACUCUGUGAACAGUUCGAAUGUCUAUUGAAACCUCUGAGCUCUAAAGGGGAGGAUAUCGAUCACAUAUACAAUUGGUGGCGUUUAAAUGGGAAGCUACCGUUGAAGCUAUCUGGCUUACUCCUCUUGGUGAAAAUGGUAGGGUUUCUCUUUUGCCAAAGGAUGAUAUAAAUAGGUCAUCUAAGCUACCGAUGCCCUCUUAUACUCGUAACCACCCCGACUACCCUAUAGAGCACAUAUUCGAACGAAAACGCAGGAAUUCGUGGGCAGGGUAGAUGGGAAACGCCAUUACAGUAGUCUGAAGCCCCAACUAGUCCUGAUAGGUUGUUCGGGACAGUUAGUCGACAGCAUGAGUUCGAAUCCAUGCGAGGAUUUUGUAAAUCGUCUUCGUAAUCAUACAGAGAAUUCACAGGAAAAAUAAAAUAAAGGAUACCGGGACCGCCAACAGUGUUUUGUUGUUCGGGGCUUGACUGUAUUAUAUGCAGUCGGACCUGAACACCGUGGUUCGGAGGAUCUUACUCUUUUCAUGGUCUUCUAAGCACACCAUUCCAAACAUCUAUGGAAAUAAAAGUUCUGAAAGCAUCCCGGAUAGGAAAAAAAGAUUGAAAACAGCAAAGCAACACAGCUACCUUGUUCUCUCAAAAUUAUGCUGGAGUAAAAAGUGCAAAUCAGUAUAAUUUAGUAUGUAUGACGGAGAUGGGCAUAGCCUUUGAAAACCCUAUUUGCACAUAAAAACUAAAAAAACGUGCGGAUGUGUACGAUGAUAUACGUGUGCAUUUCAUCAGUUCUUAUGAAGCAAAUACAUGAUCAUCAUAUAAAAUGUCAUCAAGUCUUCGUCUAAAAGCCUCAGCGCUUUCCGCCGGAACGACCGGAUCAGGUAGUUUGUCCCAAUCCUCACUCACCCGGCGCGAGAGGAAAUUCGCCUGCACUUCAAGCUUGGCGUACUUUGUCUUCAGUUUAUAUUUGUCGUUUGGCCCAAACAUUAACUCUCUCUUGUAGGCAAUACAGAGGCGAUAUGAUCAGGGAGCAUAAGGUCAUGGUCAAGCGGCUGGUUUUAAAUUUGAAGAUAAUUGGAGGAUAUUAUUUUUAGUGGUUUUUCUGUGAGAUCUAACGAUUUUAGUACCUGUUUUUUUGGUUGAAUUUCCUUAAAUACAGGUCUUUUCUCUAAGAACUGCCCGCUGCCAUCUCCUUUCGAGUUUUGCUAGUCUAUGCCCGCUGUUCACUAAUCGCAAUUUGCAAUUCUCAUUUUGUGCAUCCGAUUUCCCUCUAACUGUUGUAAUUUAUUUUUACAUAGUUAGCCCCUAGCUGAAAUUCAGUCAACUUGUCUGCCAGAAGUUUUCUUAAUCACAAAUUGCCUCGAGACAAGAUGAGACCAAAAGUCACUGGUCGACGUAAGCCCUCGGCACUUGUAAGUAAACAUGGCCUAACUAAACGUAAGUCAGAAGCUUUACCUAAAUCUAAGUCAGAUGAUAUUACUAGUCAGUCGUCGCCCGUUGUAAUUGGUCGGCAGCUUGAUCUGUCUGCACUUGACCACUGCAAUGACUUUAUGCUAAAGUUUGGCUCUUAGCUGACAAUUCUUGGACAUUUAUUCGACGGGAACAUCUCCGAUAUUCCCUCUGAAGAAUGUAGGCGUCUCGACUCACUUGUUCACCUGAUCACCAGUGAAUCUAGUGAUAGACAGAAGCGUUCUUACAAUUUCCUGCUAAAAAAUGUUCCUCGAUCUGCUCGGCCAAUUGAUGUUGCGACCAGUUUCCUGUAUUCAUGUGGUUUCCACUAUAAAAUAGCGGAUGCCAAACGCUUGUCCUCCCGUAGUACAAAUCCACCCAUCUUAGUCAAAUUGUUUUCAUCUAUCGAGGUUGACACAAUCUUUACCCAUCGAGAGCGUGUCACUGCGUACCUAGAGAAGGCAAAAUUUUUCCUUUGUCAUGAUCUUACUCCUAUGGAGCGUUCAAUGUGGUCUCUAUUCUCACGUAAACCUAUUGCUUCUCAGUCUAAUGCUCCCCAACUCGGUCAUAAUACAAGUGGCCGUAAGGAUUCAGCUUCUCCUACUCCUGCGACAUCUGACUCCCUCCUUCCUCUUUCUCCUACAUCUCCAUCUCACACAAGCCACUUGACGCAUUUGCCUGCCCCUAAACUUGCAGCAGCAGCAGCAGCAGCAGCAGCAGCAGCAGCAGCAGCAGCAGCAGCAGCAGCAGCAGCAGCAGCAGCAGCAGCAGCAGCAGCAGCAGCAGCAGCCCCAUUUGUCGUUUCGUAUCCUCCGGAUAGUCCCGCUGAGACACAUGAAAAUCCGUCUACAUCAGCUAGACCGAUAA